AUGUUGGGUCUCGGCCUGCAGGCUGGUGCCCGGGUCAGAAGCCCAACCCUGACACUGGCAGACUUUCAGAAGGAAUCAGAGACCUGCUACGAACGAGGCCCAGAGCCUGAGCAUAGUUGGGCCGUCGUUGACUCCCAUCUGCAUGCCCGACCUUUUGGUGGGCCGCCGGUUCCAUUUGCGGAUCUGCUGGGGAGAUUGAGAAGGGCGGGCAUCCUCUUCACUACGCUCUAUGGCAUUGGCCAACGCCUCCCAAUAGAUUCUGCAUGUACCUACUACCUGGACUGUCCAGGAGUCAACAUAACACCUAGCUUGAAGAAUGAUUUCUUCAACGCACAAAGCGUCCUUGACAAUGCCAAGAUCCUCAGUGAUAGCCCCGUUGGCCCUGUGAUUACUCUCUCUAUGUCGUUCUUCGACCUCCACAAUGUAGAUGAGAUUCUGUACAAGAUGAAUCUUCUCCAGGGGGAGUUUCCGUCAAUGUUCAAGUGGGUCGGCGAGAUCAACUUGGUAAAGCAGGCUCUGUGGCCGAAUGAGCAAGGCCUCCCUGUGCCCCUCGAGUCGAUCAAGACAUGGGGCCCGUUCAUGGCAGAGCUUCGCAAGCAGGACAUCCCUCUGUCAUUGCAUGCAGACUUGGGAGAUGACACAGAGGGCCAGAAGUUCUUGCCCUUGAUGGACGAAGUACUGAGACUGUACCCGAAAAACAAGAUUAUUUGGAUGCACCUUGCAGGGCUUUCCCGGCAGCUGGAUCCCAAGCUCUCUGCCUCACUCCUCCAGCGGCCCACAUCCAUUGAGGAUCAUGUGGAGCUCAUCGAAAGCAGGCUGAAGAAGUUUCCGAAGCUAAUGAUCGACCUUUCCUGGGAUGUUCUUUACGACGAGAUUUACAAUUCUGCAGCCGAGGAGAAGCCUUACAUCAAACUAAUCAAUAACUUCCCGACACGCUUUUUAAGCGGAUCGGAUCAUGUGGCCGCUGCUGUCAAGACAGAGGAGGUGUACAGGCAGGAACUCAACAAAACCAGCGAAAUCUACCGGCACUUGAGCGACGACGCCUUUCGUCGCAUUGCUCUUGGGCAGAAUUUGUUUGAUGUGGCAGGUUUGGAGUACACUGCGCCAAAGAUCUGCGAGAGCAAGGCAAAGGCCGGUGAAAAUCAUCCAUUGCCAUCUUUCCAGCUGCACGUGCCGGGCAGAGCGGCGUUGCCUUCAAAGCACCCCGGCGCCAAGCAGCAGGCGCGUGAUCUUCACAUGGCUGGUGUUGACAAGGCGAAGGGCAAGGAAGCCGAGCAAUCCGACCACGUCAAGCAGGUUCAGCGAGCUGAAACAGCAAGGUUGUUGCAGACAUCUCCGUCUGUGUCCCUCAAAGAUUUCACAGAACACUCCACGACCUGCUACGACCGAGUCGCGACCGACGAAUGGCCAGUUGUUGACGCACAUCUACAUGCACGGCCUUUCGGGGGUCCGCCUGUUCCUUUCGACCAGUUGAUUGAGAGGCUAAGGCGUGCCGGCAUCCUCUUUGCCAACCUUUAUGGCAUCGGUCAGCGCCUUCCGAUAUCGUCUAAUUGCACCUACUACCUCGACUGUCCGGGCACCCCGAUCCGGCCGAGUUUGAAGAACGACUUCUUCAAUGCUCAAAGUAUCCUGGACAACUACGACACGCUCUCGUCCAACCCGCUUGGGCCUGUGCUCACACCGUCCAUAUCUUUCUUCGACUUGCAUGCGGAUGCCGCGGACAACCUGAAGAAGCUGAAACUGCUUCAGCAGGAGUUUCCCGGCAUGUUCCGCUGGGCUGGGGAGAUCAAUGUCGUGAAGCAGGCACUUUGGAAGAACGACCAAGGCCUGCCUGUCGAUGUGAGUUCUAUCAAGUCUUGGAAGCCUCUUAUGGACGAGUUGCAGAGACAAGACAUCCCGAUGGCACUGCACAGUGAUUUGGGGAACCAGUCCAGUGGGCUCAUGUUCCUGAACUUGAUGGACGAGAUUCUCAAGUUGUACCCAAAGAACAAAAUCGUGUGGGUCCACAUGGCGGGGCUGUCAAAGCAGCUUGACCCAAAGCUUGCACUGAUCCAGUUGCCACUCUUGGCCCCGCUGACCAUUCAGCACCAUGUGCAGCUCAUUGAAGACCGGUUAGACAAACACCCGAACCUGUUCAUUGACUUAUCUUGGGAUGUUCUCUAUGACGAAAUCUACGACAACGCCUCGGAGGAGCGGCGGUACGUCGAUUUGCUGAAUGCCUACCCCACCAGGUUCUUGAGCGGCACCGACCACGUGGCAGCAGCUUCUAAGCCGGAAGCUGCAUAUCGAGACGAGCUGGCCAAGACGAGCGUGAUCUACCGCGAGCUCACUGACGAAGCCUUCAGGAACAUAGCACUUGGAGGGACUUACUUCCGCCUCGCACAUUUGCCGUAUCGACCGCCGCCCAUUUGUGGCCUGGCUGCAAGUGCAGUACCUGGACUGCUCGUGGCUAUGGCGCUUCUGCAGGCAGGGUCCAUGCGCCGCCCCCGGAAGGAAAAGGCUUCGUUCAAGCUUGGUAACUUUUGUGGCCAGCGCACACCCUUGUUAAUGCAUGGUCUGGGCACCGGACUGUGCAAUGUUGCAGUCCCGCCCGAAGCUUGA